GUAAGGAGGGAGGGAAGCUAGCAAUCUGACAGGCUAGCUACAGCAGAGUAACAGCCUGGCAAUUACAGCGGCGACGUAUCAGGAGAGGGUGGUUACCGAAACUAAUCAAAGGGUCGUCCAGCACCUGAACCAUCAAUCGGGUUUAUGAGUAAAGGCGAUCAAUCAGGCUGCCGUUAACCUUCGGAAGAAACGCUGAAGUGUAAUUCACCGUCAACGGGUUUUUUCUUUUCUUUUUUUUUCUUUUCUUUUUUUUUACUUAUUAUCCGUGACAACAUGGCUGAAUGUAACGUUAGCAUCGACCAGAAUAAACUACCUGGAGUGAAAGAGGUGUGCCGAGACUUUGCCGUGCUGGAGGACCACUCCCUGGCCUAUAACCUCCAGGAACAAGAAAUUGAGAGCCACUUGGCCUCCAACGUCUAUAAGAGCCGUCUGGUGCAGAACGACCUGCAGGUGGCCAAGAAGCUGCAAGAGGAGGAGGAUGAGAGGGCCAAGAUCAAGACCCAGAAAGAGAACGUGGACAUUGAGCGGCAAGAUAACGAGAUCGCCCAGGAGAUUCAGGAGGAACUGGUCCGACAGGCAGAGCGACAGCGACAGCAAGAAGAGAAAGAUGCGGCCAUCGCUCGUAAGCUGCAGGAGAAGGAGAUGAAAGAGGAGAGGAGGAGACAUAAGCAGCUGGAAACGCGCUUUGAUGAAGAUUAUUUUGAUGAACAUGGAGCUGCAAGAAGACCUCUAGACUUGGACAAACCCAGUCAUCACACACCAACAUCCCCCGGGCGAUACGAUGCUCCGGUCAGCUCACGUCGAGAUUACUCUCCAGAUUAUAGUUCAACAGAACCUAAAAGGAGCAGACACCCAAAACUGGAUGCUGCAACACCCCGUGGUCGCUCCAGAGACCCCGAGCACUAUCUGCCGGGAGAAGGAGGCCGUAGCAGGCACGCAGAUCCUUUUCCUGAGCACCUGAUGCCCAACAGAGGCAAGCAUGGGGACAGGUAUCCAGAGUACGAGCCCUCACAGACUGGCAGAGCCAGGGAUUUAGGGUACGAGGACACAGAGAGAGUGGUGAGGAGGAAAGAGAGACCAGCUAGACCACCUCCAGUCCAAAUUCCUAAAGAGAGGGACAAAACGUGGGACAGGGAGCGGAACAGGCAGUACGACAGAGACGGAGGCAGAGAACUGGAAUACGAGAUGUAUACUGCAAGAGACCAGACGAGGGACAGAGACCGGAGGAGGGACAGAGACCAGGACCUCAGGUGGGGAAGAGCAGAGGGGAGGGACGGAGAAAGAUCCAGAAACAGAGGACGAAGUUUGGACAGACAGCUAGAGGGACACGGACAUCGAGAUAAAAAGAGACAAAGAGCAAGAACCCGGAGCAGGGAGAGAGGACUUGAAGAGGACUUUGUGGAGCCAGCACACAGCCGGGACCGGCUGAGGGAAGGGAGGGCUUCCUGGGAGGGGGAAGAGGAGGAUUUUGAGAGAGGGAGAAGGACCAGGGGACGCCACCGUGUCCAGUCCAGCCCCAAUGAGGUGUUUGGAGACCACAGGGGCGAUGAAGGCAGAGGAGACAGCAGGGAGUUCUGGGACCUCCAACAGGGGGAGGGUCGUGGCAGGGAACGCAGUCAUAGUCAACCCAGUGGAGAGACAGGUCGUAUUGCGCACCGUGGCGGUGGGUCAGUAAUGCCAGAGACUGAGUACGGACUGAGUGAGGCCACCAAGGGUUUGACCAAGCUCGAUCUGCGCGAGCAAGAGCUGAAGGACCUGGAGGUGGCCAGGAAACUGCAAGAGGAGGAAAUUAAGGCGAGCCAGAUGCAUGUGCGUGCAGCCCAAGUGGCACAAGAUGAGGAAAUCGCCCGACUGCUGAUGGAGCAGGAGAAAAAGGAGUACAGGAAGAAUCGCGAACGGGAGAAAGAGAAGGAGAGGGAGAGGGAGAGGCUGGCUAUGGAAAGGAUGGCAGUGGAGAGGAGGCGGCAAGAGGGAGACUACAGGCCAAAUUCCGAGGAUGUUGUCCGGCCCAGAACACAAGAGGAGUACGAGUACCAAAGGCAAAAGAACUACAAGCCUCCGAGGCCUCCACAGCCACGCACACAUGACUAUGAGAAUGUGGGCCCUGGCUACGUCUACCCAGAUCACCCUGCUGCCCCUCGUGCUCCGGCCAGACCUGAUCCAUCUUACAGAGGUGCCUAUCACAAGCGGUGACUCAGGCUCUCCACCGUGUCCACACAUGCUGUCGGUCCUCCUGUUUGUGUCUGUAUUUAUCUUUUAUUUUCACCCAUCCACACUGUUGGUCUGAGUCCUGUGGACAAUCUCAUGAGUUGGCAGUGGGAUUUUUUUUUAUUUUUUUUUAAAUAUAUUCCUAAGUUGGCCCAAAGUUGAGGAAGUGGAUAUGUGAGUGCUGGAAUUACACUCAUCU